GGGCUCCCGUGGGCUGCUGCGGCGGCCGGCGCAUUGGCGGCGCGGGCCUGCUGGCUGCGGCUGGCGCAUUGGCAACCCGUUUUCCUCUGCUGGCGCGCAGGGAGGAGUUGGGAAACCGGGGAAGAUGAGUGGCGCCGCACUGUUACCAGGUGAUGAUCGAGAGCACCCCGAAGACUAAUGCAGAGAAUCAAUAAGAACGUGGUUCUGGCGCUGCUUUCUCUGACCAGUCUGGUUUUCCUCCUCUUCCAGCUGUACUAUUACAAGUUCUACUUGUCGCAGAAGAAUGGAUCAGUUUUUUCCAAAGUCAGAGGACUCCAGUCAGGUCAAGACAGCACUAGAUGGCAUGUGGUUAGAAAGUUCCUAGGCUUAAUAUCCACUCACAAUAUACCAGUGUAUUUGAUUGAUCCUUUGAUUCUGGGACUGGUUGAUAAAGACAUUGAACAGAUCAGAAGUUCUCCUGAUGGCCCUAGUCCUGAAUGCAAGUACUUUUGUGCUCCAAGAGACUUCACUACAUUUGCACUAGUGGAUAAAACAUGGAAACAUGAAGUGAGCCUUUUUAGAGCUGCUGAGAAAAUGGGGUUCCAGUGGCUAAAAAUCAUAAACAAGGAUCCCCGCUUGGAUGGAAUGGAUGACCUGUCUGGAAUUGAAAUUGCCUUGCACUACAUAUUUAAACUGGCAUCUCAUGCCAUUCACCUUGUGGUCUUCUAUGAGAGGAGCGGUAAUUAUCUCUGGCAUGGCCCCCUGAGGCUCAAGCAACAUAUGGACAGAAAGUUUGUGCCUUUCCGGAAACUCCACUUUGGUCGCUACGCUGGAGCAUAUGAAAAGCCAGAACUUCUGCUUGUUUCCAUUGAUGACUUAAAAGUUCAAAUUCCAAAAAGUCCAUCCAGUUUUCUAGAGGAGAUGUCACACUCUAGAUUUCUUGAAUGUAGGUACAGAGAAGCUCGGGCUUUCUUUCAGCUGUAUCCUGAUGAUGCCUCUCUUGAUGCAGUGGAGUUCAGAAAAAAAGCAAAGUCCUUGCUCCAUCUGGCUGCCUUGACACUGAAUAGCUUAGGAGUGAAGUUCUGGCUGAGCAGUGGAACAUGCCUUGGCUGGUAUAGACAGUGCAAUGUCAUUCCUUACAGCAAAGAUGUGGAUUUGGGAGUCUUUAUAAAGGACUACAAAGCAGAUAUCAUUCCAGCUUUUCAGAAAGCAGGGUUACCACUGAAGCACAAAUUUGGCAAGGUAGAAGACAGCUUGGAGCUCUCUUUUCAGGGAGAUGAUGAUGUGAAACUUGAUAUUUUUUUCUUCUAUGAAGAGGAUGACCACAUAUGGAAUGGAGGAACUCAGGCUAAAUCUGGCAAGAAAUUUAAGUAUCUCUUCCCAAAGUUUACUCUCUGUUGGACAGAAUUUAUAGGCCUGAAGGUACACGUGCCCUGUGAAACCCUUCAGUACAUUGAAGCCAACUAUGGCCCAGACUGGAAGGUUCCUUUGAAGACAUGGGACUGGAAGAGCUCACCAUCCAACGUGCAGUACAACGGUGUCUGGCCUGUCAAUGAAUGGGAUGAUGUCAUUCAAAUCUACUGAUCGCCCUGACCGCUAGAAGAGCAUGCCUGCUGUCCUUGGAACUGUCAGAUUGUGAUUUCUUGUUUCCCAAGGGCAUCAAGGUCCAUUCCUCCAUACCUUUUCUCUUUUUUUCUUAACAGGUGUUUUUUUCACCUUCAUGUGUUUUCUGGGUGAAGGAAAAGAUUAAUGCAACUGAAGAGAAGGGAAGUUGAAAUAAAAGCUGUGCAAAGGGAAUAGAGAAGAAAUGUUGCAGUAAACUGAUGUGCACUGUUUAAACAGUAGCCAGGUGGCUUAGGCUUUCUUGAUAUCACCAAAACCUUGGGACUGUUGACUUCUCAAGCUUAAGAGAGGGGUGGGAUGUAAAAAUCUCAAUGAAAUUCCUCUGGUUUUCAGAGGAGAUCCUGUGACUAUUCAUCUUUUAAACACCAGAUGUGCUUGAUUUGAGACUGAUAGAUCCCUACAAUAUGCAAAGCAGGGUUUUGUUCAUUUUGU